AUGUCUGCUCGUGAUUCCCUGCUAACUGUCCUCGCCGAGGCUGCUUCUCAGGACCCAGCCCGCAUGCAGAGUGCUGUCACUCAGCUCCAGCAAUGGGAAGCUACGCCCCAAUUCAACGCCACCCUCCAGGACAUCUUCUAUGACAAGACCAUUGACACCAACAUUCGCUGGCAAGCUAUUAUCUACCUCAAGAACGGGAUCGACAAGUACUGGCGCAAGCUCGCCAAGAACGCUAUCUCGCCAGAGGAGAAGGCUGCAAUCAGAUCGCGCCUUUUGACAGCAUUGGACGAGGAGCAGAAGCCACUCGCUACUCAGAAUGCGGUUCUGAUCUCCAAGAUUGCCAGAUUCGACUUUCCCAUGGAAUGGCCCGAUCUGCUGUCGUCACUUCUGGAGAUUGUUCGCUCAUCGACUGCAAGCGAAUCCGACCCAAGAGCUAGACUUGUCCAGCAACGCUCACUCUACACUCUUCACCUCAUCGUCAAAGGAUUAAUUUCAAAAACAUUGGCGUCAGGAAGGAAACAGUUUCAGCAAGCGGCGCCAGAACUCUUCACCAAUGUCGUGAACAUCUACGUCCGAUAUGUUGAUGCGCUCUUCGCUACCAACACCACAAACAUCGAGAGCCUUUCGGGAUGUCUUGAAACCUCUCAUAUGGCAUUGAAGUGCUUGCGAAGGGUUGUCGUUCACGGAUUCCCAGAGUUUUCGACUUCGGAGGGACCAAUUGCUUUCUUCCGGCUGGCGCUGGAGCACCUGCAAAAGUUUAUGGCGUUUAAGGAGUCAAUCCCAGAGCAGUGUUCGUUCUUGGUCACCGCUGUCGAUUCGCACAUCAAGCUCAUUGGAAAGUUUUAUCUGGAUCUCAUGGACGCCCACCCUCGCCAGUUUAUCCUCACACCUGGCGCUGCAGAGGUUCUUCGCUUCUACUGGGGUCUUUUGGCAGGAAAUGGAGACGAGCAUGCCGCCCCUCCUGCCCAGACCACUCUGAUUCAGGGUUUGCAGUUGGUCAAAAAGACCCUCAAGGACCCCCAGUUCAUCCUCACCGACAAGGAUCCCGAACCCGUUGUCGUUCGCUGUCGUCACAUCAUUGAAAACGAGUUCAUGACACCAGAGACUACCAACAAGCUGGCCGAGAUUCUUAUCACAAAGUACAUGCGGUUGACAGAGGAUGACCUUGAGGAGUGGGAUUCGAACCCAGAGGAGUGGGCAUUGGAGGACGAGGCUGAUUCAUGGAAGUACCAGCUCAGACCUUGCGCAGAGAAGGUGUUCAUGGAUCUUUUGUCAAGUCACAGAGCACAAUUGAGCCCCCUUCUUGUUCAGUUGGCCGGAUCAACCGCAAAUAUGCCUGACCUGUUCUUGAAGGAUUCUAUCUAUUGUGCAAUUGGAUUGGGAUCUCAUGCUCUGUACGAUGCCAUUGAUUUUGACAGCUGGUUGAAUGGACAGCUCUCCCAGGAAGUUCAGAACGCAGACCCAAGCUUCCGCUUGAUUCGUCGACGUAUCGCGUGGAUGAUUGGCAAGUGGGUCAGUGUCAACAUUUCAAAGGCCGCCCGCCCAACUGUAUAUACCAUCAUGCUGCACCUUUUGAGGCCUCAGGAGCACAUGGCUGUUCGUCUGGCGGCAGCUCAGAACCUAAAGACCUGUAUCGACGACUGGGAUUUCGAGGCAGCAACCUUUGCACCUUUCCUGGAGCAGUCUGUUCAUGGAUUGAAACAUCUCACGGGCGAAGUCGAAGAGCCUGAGAGCAGGAUGAAGAUUUUGAGCUGCAUGUCGAUGAUUGUGGAGCGCAUGGAUGAGCACAUUGCACCUUACUCACAGCAGAUCCUUGAGAUCUUGCCUCCACUCUGGCAAGCAGCCACUGAUCAAAACCUUCUUCAGUCGGCUAUCUUGGUCAUUAUGACCAAGUUGAUCGAGUCCUUGAAGUCUCAGUCCAUGGGUCUCCACCAUAUGGUCAUGCCUCUGAUCCGUCUCAGCGUCGACCCCACCCAGGAAGCUCAUGUUUAUUUGAUGGAGGACGGUUUUGAGCUCUGGCUCGCAACUUUGAAGACUGCUAGCCAGUCUACGGAUGAACUCAUGUCACUUGUCCCAGCAGCUGUUUCGUUGCUUUCCGAGGGUAUGGACCACAUGAGAAACAUGCUCAAGAUUCUUCAGAGCUAUCUCAUGUUGGACGCUGAGCGCGCUUUCCAGUCGGCCGGACCUUCUUUGAUCAACGCUGUUGCAGGAAUCAUUAGCGAAGGCCUUCGAUCUGAGGCUAGCGUCUCUAUCAUGCAAUUUAUGGACUUGGCAGCUCUCACAUGCCCUAUUCGCAUCACUGGGGACCUCUACAUCUCUUCGGGAUUAUUGAGCAAGGUUCUGAGCAUCAUCAUGGCCAAGAAGGAAACGAAUGUGGUGUUGACCCAGUACUUGUGCUUCUUGGCACGAUUGGCCGUUGAGGAUUCAGCAUAUCUGUCUAAUGCUGUGGACAGCGUUGGUCAACAGUUCGGCCAGCCCAGUCUUCUCCCUAUGCUUAUCGACCUGUGGAUGGAGAAGUUUGACAAUGUCUCCCAUCCUAAGCAUCGGAAACUUCACGCGAUGGGAUUGACAGCAAUGAUGCGGACAGCAAAUGCGGCAGUGCUUGAGUAUCUCCCUCGACUGGUUUGCAUCUGGGGUGAUGUCCUGAAUGAGGUCAACGAGAAUGGCACUGGAGACUCGCUUGUCUACUGGCGCGAGACACAGGAGGAUGAGGAUGAUAACUCUGAGGAGACAGCGGAAGUGAUUCGCAGACGUGAUCUUUUGAGGCGCGACCCUGUUCACACGACCAACUUGGGUCAGUAUGUGAAAGCAUCGAUUGGCGAGUGUGAGCGAUUGAACGGCGGCGCUGAAGCAUUCCAGCAGCAGUGGCUCUCGAAGGUGGAUCCUUUGAUGCUGUCGACCUUGACACCUCUGUUGGGAUAA